UUCACGGAGCUCCAUCAAUGCCUGGUUGGCCGAAGGCCACCCAUGGAAGGCGGAAGAUGUCGGAGCUCUCUGAAGAGACGGCGGAGGACGUCGACUUUACAGAAUACAUGGAUGUUGGACCUGCCGUCCAUGACGCUGAGACGCGCUGUCCCAUUUGUCUGGAGGUGAGAUUGGAUUCGGCUGGGGGCUUUGACCAUACGCAGCGCUGGAUCGUGUUACAGUGCUGUGAGGAAGCGGUCUGUAGGAAGUGCCUCCGGCAACAUCUGAUCAGCAAUGGGACGCGCUGUCCCUUGAACUCUUCUCACAAACUUCAGGAAUUAGAUAUCAUCGCGGGCUGCAGCGGCCAAGAGGAGUGGCUGCAGCUGGAACAGCGGGCGCGCUUUCAAGAGAACGGCGGGCGAGGUUUUUGCUGCAGCAAUCGGAUGUGCGCAGCGCUCUUGCCGCCGGCGCCCUGGGACAAGCCCUUUCCGUUUCCGUGUCCAGGCUGCCAUAUGGCGCACUGCGGAAGGUGUGGCACUCCUUGGCCCGGCAGCGUGAUGGAUCGUCAUGUUUGUGAGGAUCUGCGUCACAGUGAGUCGGGUCCUUCGGAGGUACAGAGCCGCGUUGCAGCUGAACGAAUUGCACAGCCCAUCGUGGAAGCGUUGACGAGCGCAAUUACCAAUGGGACAGACUUUGAUUGGGUCUUUGCCACGUCCCAGACCUUGGUGGCCGAAUCGGCUCGGGCUCGUUUGGACGGCGUUGGCCUCAGCCAGUUGGCGACCAAUCGCUUGAUGCGUUCUUUUUUGGAUACGCGCACUGCCAUGCCAACAGCGCAUGCGGAGAUGCGCCUGCUUGCUUUGCUGCACGAGCGCCGUGCACAGCGCCUCCAAGGGGAGGAAGAUGAAGAUUGGCAGCGAGCCAUGCUGUACUGGGAGCAUGAGCGUGCCUUGCUGCGGAGGAGACGAAACAGCGGCACCAUGCAGGAGUUGGAACACAUGAACCUGGAGAGGCAGCAGAAUGGCAGUGGCCCCAUCAAGAACUGCCCCAAAUGUCGGCACCCCACAGAGCGUAUUGACGGAUGCAACAUCAUGACUUGCAGCCUGUGCCGAGCAGACUGGUGUUUUAUUUGUGCCGGUUCCAGGGCAGAGUCAGGGUGUACUCACUACCACUGCAAGAGAGCGGAGGCACAGCGCCUGAGCCAAAGUCCAGGUGCUCAGUCCUCUGCCUCCAGUGACUCAGCGCCAGCGCCGCCAGCGCCGGAGCUGCCGCACGGCUUGCGCGGCCUGGCCCCGAAUCGAUGGGCUUUGAGGCAUGAGAGAUGAGCUGGAGGUGACAUCAUUGCAUGCUAUUUAAAAGACAAC